AUGCCGAAAAACAAGAAAGUUCAAGAUUCAACCGAUUCCGACACUAGCUUUGAGGAUCGCACACCGGCAAAGCAAGCGAAGAAGACACAGAAACCCACCGAUUCCGAUACGAAGGAUGAAAAUAGCUUCGAGCUGGAGAAAAAUCGCAAAGUGUCCGUGUCCGAGUUUAAAGGCAAAGUGUACGUUGGUAUACGCGAGUUUUACGAGAAGGAUGGCAAAACAUUGCCCUCCAAGAAAGGUAUUAGCCUCACGGUUCCACAAUGGAAGAAGCUGCUCGAACAGGCGGAUGCGAUCAAUGAGGCCAUAAAAAAUUUCUAAAUCUAACUC